AUGUCCAGUGGAAGACCAUCCAACUCGCCCAAACUAAUCCUCGACAUCAGUGGAGGAGUGGGUUCUGGUGGAAAGGCUACUCCACCGAAGGUGUCGCACGGUUCCCUGAAGAGAGCAACCGAUACCACUCCGCCGAGGAUGGUCAAGGUGGAACAGUUUGACGGUGGCCACCAGCAUCCUUAUGGUCCGAUGCAACAUCAGCGAUCGCCACCGGAUUUGCGUCCCAUUGCCGUGCAUCAGAUGAGGGAGAAUAGCGGAGGGCAUCAGGAACAGCUUCAGAUCCAGCAGAAUCCAGACUUUGGCGUACUGAUGCCCCAACACCAGCUCCAGCAACACAUCCCACAACAACACCAUCAGCAACAUUCCCACACGGGAGAUCCGUCGGGUGGGUUGGAGUCUUCAGGUACGAUCUACAUAUACCAGGGACACCCGGUCAUCGCCGGUGGUGUGGAUCUACACCAUGGAACUCGCAUUCCGAUCCAGUGUUACGAUGGCCAACCGGAACAGCAGCACAUCCCACCGGUACACCAGUUGUCCGCUGCUCAUCUCGAGACGCUACCGUCGAUUCUCUCCUCCUACUCGAGUGCCGAUUGUGGUAAGAAGCGCAAGAUACCUGACGCGGACUUUGACUACGAGUUCGACCAGUGCUCGCUGAGUCCGACGGGCUACCAGCAGGAGAAGCGAGCCCGCUACGCCCCCGACGCCUACGGAGGUGGAGCCGUCUGGAGCUUCGCGAAUGGACCAAACGGAGAGUACGUCCAGCACGGUGUCGGUGGCCUGUACGGUCCGAUGGCCGGAGAUAUCCUGAUGUCCGGUGGGGAUGGUUCUCCGAUGGCGCGAAGUUCCGGAGUGGCCUUGGAGGACGACUCCUCCAAUGGGUCGCCGAAGCUCGUGAUCGCCGCAGAAAGUCUUCCGGAGGCAACGCCACCCGAAGGAACCACCCUUUACAUGGGCGAUCCGGGUUCGUACGAAGGACCGAUGUACUACCAGCAUGCGACGCAUCACCAGCAUCUUCAUCACCAUCAGCAUGCACAGCACCAUGGGCACCACAUCCAUCAUACUCCGCACGCCGACAGUACUCCCUCGAACAGUCCGGCCACGGGUGACGAUCGCGAGCGGGAUUGCUCGGUGUCGGUGUCAUCCAACUCACCGAUCAAACUGGACGACUCGGGUUCGCUCGGAGGCAAAUACCCGCAAGACGCGGGACCACCGACUACCGUCGCGCUGCUGGAACCUUCCGGCCUCGUGCUGCCCACAGCCGAGCAUCAGCUCCAGCAGACAGGUAGCUCCUCGCCGAGCAGCGCCGGCAGUGUCCGGCCUAAGGGAGGCCGCGGGGCCCCGCGUGGACCUCGGAAGAACCGUCGCGGUCGAACACGACUCACCAAGGACACGAUCACCUACGACGAGGUUCAGACGCAGCGUGUCAUCGCGAACGUGCGCGAACGCCAGAGGACGCAGAGCCUGAACGAGGCGUUCGCGUCCCUACGCAAAAUCAUUCCGACGCUGCCGAGUGAUAAGCUGAGCAAGAUCCAAACCCUUCGACUUGCUUCAAGAUAUAUCGACUUCCUGUAUCGCGUCCUCUCGAACAACGAGAUGCCGGCCAUGCUGGAGGAGCACAAAAACAUGGCCAUGUCGGGCGGAAGUCUGCAGUUCAGCGGCAGCGGCAUCCUGGCGCACGAGAAGCUGAGCUAUCUGUUCAGCGUUUGGCGCAUGGAGGGCGACUGGAGCAACGGCUCGUCCGGGUCGGUCAGCGGCGGUGAGGGGGCGGAAGCGACCGGCGGGAAGGAUUGA